AUGCCCGUAUCCGCGCCCGCCACCCGCAACGGGCACAAAAUCAUGCCCGAACCCGCUAUCAGUGGGUAUCCCGUGCCCGCGGGCACACCCGUGUACCCGGCGCGAGCACGGUUCCUGGGAGAAGGAAGGGGGACGGCGGCGGCGUGCGGUCUGGAGGAGGGGAUGGCGGCGUGCGCGCUUGGAGGCCGGAGGGGCUCCAUCGCCGACAGGGAGGAAGGUGGCGGCGCCCGCAUGGAGGAGAGGACUGGAGGAGGAGGCGGUGCCCGCAUCCCACAGGGAGGAGGCGGCGGCGGCACCACCCAUACCCCAGCAGGGAGGAGGGGGCUUGGCGGAGCGGCGGCCGGUGGGGGCCUGGCGGAGCAGCGGCCGGACCGGAAGCAUCGGCCGGAGGGGCCCUGGCCGCUUGGGGAAGGGACGCCGAGCCGCCGAUCGGAGGGGGAGCGCCUAGAAGGGGAGGCCGCCGAGACGCCGAGCUCGCCAGGGAUAGCGGCAGCCGGAGGGGGAGCGCUUGGAGGGGGAGGCCGCCAGGGAUUGCGACGGCCGGAGAGGGAGCCCGCCAGGGGAGCGGCGCCGGGGGUGCGAUGCUUGGCAGGGAACGGCACGGGGUUGGGGCCGCUGGGUUUGGGGGUCGGGGUGGGAGUCUGGCGGUUGGGAGUUUGGGAGCUGGGAUGGGAGUGGAUGGAAACAAGAAACCCAGAAGCUCUUUUAUAUGGAGAUGUAAUUGGACCCACAUGUCAGCGGAUUUGCGGGUUUGCAGGUUCGGAUAUCAAAUUUUGA